CUGUUUCACAAAACCCGGAAGCACAUGCUGGCGCGUAGUACUGCUGUUGUUGCUAAUUCUGAUAUGUAUAUAAAUAAACACUUAAUUUCGUCUAUUAUUAAAGUAGUAAUUUGCUGAAUAGACCUUCCCGAACAAUGGCAGCUACGUUGGCGUCGCCUGUGCCCUCCACGGAGCAUGAAGCAGAGCGCUGCGGGACUGAGGAGGAGAUCCGCGGGGCCGAGGCGGAGGGAGAGGGCAGCCCGCCACAGACAGGACCAGGGCCCGUGUCCGCCUGUAGCAACAACCGCCUGUCCAAACUCCCUCUGGCCCGCAUUAAGGCAUUGAUGAAGACCGACCCCGACGUCUCUCUGGCCAGCCAGGAGUCCGUGUUCGUCAUCGCAAAAGCCACGGAGUUGUUUGUUGAGAUGAUUGCCAAAGAUGCCAUGGUGUACGCCCAACAAAGAAAGCGCAAAACUUUACAGAGAAAAGACUUGGACAAUGCAAUAGAGGCUAUAGAUGAGUUCGCAUUUCUUGAAGGCACGUUAGACUAAACACCAUGAAAAGCCAAGGCCAGCAGUCAUCAUCAGAUUUUUUUUUUCUGGGGACACAAAACUG